GGGGGAGGGAGGGUCAUGGGUGUGACAGGCAGGUGGAGUCAGGGCCCGCCAGUCACCUUGGCUCCUGACCUCUGUCCAGACCCGCCCACAGAGAGACCAUAAAACCUUGAGAGGCGAAGGCAGGGAGGAGCAGGAGCAGCAUCUGGACCCUGGGUUGUGGCCCCUGAGUCUGGAGCCACCGGUCCCCAGAGCACCCUCCACACUGAGAGGGACGGCGACAUGAGGAGGCUCCUCCUGGUCACCAGCCUGGUGGCUGUGUUGCUGCUAGAGGCAGGCUCAGCCCCAACACCCCAGGCCCUUGUCAAGAUCAAAGGCAAAGCCGGCGCUGAGCAGGACAUGGAAGAGGCCUGGAGCUCCGGGCUGGUGGAUCCUCCGGGGAAGGACAAGCAGUGGGAGCAGCUGCUCCAGGUCGCCUCCCAGGAGCAGCAGGAAGGUGCCAAGGCCCUGGCAGGGAACAAGGACACCCUGGACCGUGUCCCAAGCCCCAAGUGGGGCCCUGAGCCCGACCGUGACCACCUGUACCACAGCUGGCCGCAGGAGGCCCAGGAGGAGGCCAGGCCCUGGGCCCGGGCGCUGCCACCUCGCCAAGUGCUUCAAGGACCUGAGGAGGACCGAGACCACAUCUACCACCCCAGGGGUGACUCCUGGGAGCCCUGACCCCUCCCCAGCUGGAGCAAAUAAAGUCUGCAAAGAGGCGGA